AUGUCCCGCGCCCCACCGCGGGGCGGGGAUUCGGCGCUGGGCUUUUCCCUCUUCGCUCGCCGUCGCAAGCCCAAAGCUGCGGCGCGGCGCCCGGCGGAAGGCGUACGGCGCCGAGCCGGGGGGCAACGCCCGCUCUCCGCCUUUACCACGCGCAGAGCGGGCGGGGAAGCGCCCCCGCGGCCGCCCGCACGCCCUCCCCUCGGCCCACACGCGGCCGGGAAGGGCGACGGGAACGCGACGGGUGAGGCCCGGCCCGGGACGGCCGACGGCGCCGGCGGGCGCCUUCCGGCAGGCCGUCCCCCCCCCUCCCCCCGCCCCCGGGCGGGGGCGGUGGUGGGUGGGGGGGACACUGGCCGAGCGGCGACGCCGCCGCUCGGCACGGGGUCGCCCGCGCUCGCGGUCCUCCGCCGACGGAGGGACCGCCGAGCGCUCGCCCCAGACGGGCGGGCGGGCCGGGCCAGGGACGUCCGGCGGACGGCGCCGCCGCUGCGUUCGAGGAGAAGGCCGCCGAGGGGAGAGGGAAGGCCGAGCCGGACGCGGCGCCGCGCGCGCGGGAGCGCGGCGGCGGCCAAGGAGAGAGCGCGGCGGGCCCCGGCGGCCGCAACCCCGCGGCUGAGGAAAGGCAGAGAGCACGCGCUCUCUGCCGGCAUCGUCCCGUUUCGAGGGGAGCGGGUCGGUCGGCCCCCGCGGCCGACCGCGCGCGCCGCGGCCUCUCCGCCGAGGCCGGGCCGCGGAGAGGGGGGGGCAGGGCGCCCCUCCCCGGCGCGGCGCGGUUACCCCCGCGCGCGCGCGGCGGAACGACGACGACAGCGACGGCGGGCGCGCGGCCGGCGGCAACGAACGCCACCGCAGGGGAUCAGCGGGAGUGGCUCCCCACCCCUCAGUGGCGCCGCGCCGCCGCCCGGCACGCCUGCCGCCGCCGGCCGCCGAGAUCGGCGAUUGAUCGUCAAGCGACGCUCAGACAGGCGUCGGCGAAAAGGCGGGGGGGCCCGCGCCCCCGACCGCCUCCCCCCGCAAGGGGAGACGCCACCUCGCGUGCCGUCCUUCGGAGGCGGCCCAGGCGCCCGGGCUCGGCCCGGCCUCCGCGCGGAGGGCCACACGGCGCGCGAGAGACCGCGGGGGGCAACGGCGGCCCGCCCGGCCUCGAUGACACGGGACGACACGCACGCAGGCGGCCGGGGGCACGGCCGUCGGCCCCCGCACGCGCCGGCUCCCCUUGGCCGCUCCGCGGAGCCCGCGGAGCGCCGCCGCGCCGCGGCGCGGCCGGCUCUCCCCAGCGGCCUUACGAGGCUCGAAACGGCACGCGCCGGCGACCGCUCCGCCGGCGCGCCCCCCCGCGGGAACCGCUCCCGUCGGAAAGGCCAGCGACCGGCGGCCGCGCCCCGCCACCGGCGCCGGAGGCGGGCGCCGCCGAGACCCGAGCCGGCGCCGCGGGUGCCCGAAGCCUGCCGGUCGGCAAGACCCCGCCGCCGCCGCGACCGCCCUUGCCGGGCCCGCCGCCGCCGCAUCGCACCGUCGUGGCCCCCUUCCCCCGGGCACGCGCCCGGCGGAAGGCGUACGGCGCCGAGCCGGGGGGCAACGCCCGCUCUCCGCCUUUACCACGCGCAGAGCGGGCGGGGAAGCGCCCCCGCGGCCGCCCGCACGCCCUCCCCUCGGCCCACACGCGGCCGGGAAGGGCGACGGGAACGCGACGGACGGGCGGGCGGGCCGGGCCAGGGACGUCCGGCGGACGGCGCCGCCGCUGCGUUCGAGGAGAAGGCCGUCGAGGGGAGAGGGACGGCCGCGCCGGACGCGGCGCCGCGCGCGCGGGAGCGCGGCGGCGGCCAAGGAGAGAGCGCGGCGGGCCCCGGCGGCCGCAACCCCGCGGCUGAGGAAAGGCAGAGAGCACGCGCUCUCUGCCGGCAUCGUCCCGUUUCGAGGGGAGCGGGUCGGUCGGCCCCCGCGGCCGACCGCGCGCGCCGCGGCCUCUCCGCCGAGGCCGGGCCGCGGAGAGGGGGGGGCAGGGCGCCCCUCCCCGGCGCGGCGCGGUUACCCCCGCGCGCGCGCGGCGGAACGACGACGACAGCGACGGCGGGCGCGCGGCCGGCGGCAACGAACGCCACCGCAGGGGAUCAGCGGGAGUGGCUCCCCACCCCUCAGUGGCGCCGCGCCGCCGCCCGGCACGCCUGCCGCCGCCGGCCGCCGGCGCCGCCGCCGCGGCGGGCCGCGCCGAGCCGCCCGAGUCUUUAA